AUGCCGGAGCCAACUGGAAGUGGGUCUGAAGCUGGCUCAUCGACAUCACAGGUCACGAGCCAAUUAGCCUACCUAGUUCCUCACUUUGACCCGGCCAAGGAUGACAUGCUGAUUUACCAGCAGAAAGUCGAAUUGGUGACAGCAGCCUGGCCAAAGGAUAAGUACGUGGAACUGGUGACACGUUUAAUCCUCAACUGCCAAGGCUCUGCAUUUCAGAAACUGCAAUUACAUCAGUCAGAACUGCUAUCCAAUGAUGAAUCUUCGAUACAGAAGUUGAUAUCUCUCUUGGGCGGAAGCUGGCGGAGAAUUCCCUUGGAGAAACAGUUCGAUGAAGCCGAACAAGCACUGUACCACUGCCAACAGAAAGGCGAUGAAUCCAAUGAUUCAUACUUAGCCCGGUCAGAGAUUCUUUGGAGUCGCUUGUUAGCUAGGAAACUGACACUGGAAGAUCUUCAGGCAUUUAUCGUGCUCAGAGGAAGUUCUCUGACACCAGAGGACAAAAAGCGCGUGAUCUUGGAGUCUGACCGAGAUAGUGCAGGGAAGUUGACAAGCCAAAAGGUCUCUGAGGCCAUUCGGAUGUUGGGAGCAAAUUUCUUCAUGGACAUGACAGGUCAACGCCGUGGCAAGACCAAGGUCUAUGAUCAACAUGCUCUGACGGUGGAAGAUGUGCCUGAAUCAGCCGAUGGGCUGAUAGCAGCCGAUGAAAUGACCGAGGAAGACUUUGUGGACACGCUGAUCACAGAGGGCGAAGAUGAGGAUGCAGCCAUGAUUGCUGACUUCGAGGCAGCAGCCUCGGACGUAAUCCAAGAGGACCUGGAAAUGGCUCAAGCUUUUACAGCCUACAUGGAAGCCCGCCGACGGUUGUCAGAGAAAUAUCGCAACCGGGGUUUCUGGCCGACUAGCAAGGGUUCCAACCAGUUCAACAAGGGUAAGUUUUCAGGAAGUGGUGGCAAGUCUUUUGGAAAGGGUUCCAAGUUUGGCAAGGGUCGCAAGACUUUACAAGACCGGAUUUUACAGAGCAACUGCAGGGCGUGUGGACGCCGGGGUCACUGGAAAGCUGAAUGCCCCUACAAAGGGGGAACAACAUCUCAGUCUGGUAUGAGUGGCAACGGUAGUAGCACUGCUCCAACAACGACGCUGGUGACCGAUCUUGCAAGCUCAGGUGCAGAUGAAGCUUUGCCUCUGGAGUUCUUAGGAAUUGCAGAGUCCGAUGUUUGGGCAACCAGUACAUUUGUGUCCGAAGAUGCCGAAAAGUUGCAGUCCCAAAAGCCGAACUGGGUAGGAUCAGCCAUGCGUACCAACCCCAAAGAUGAGAAUCCCGAAGAAUAUUCAGGUGAACAGGUUGCCGUGCAAGUGGAGGAUCUCAGCCACUUGACACUGGAAGAGCUGGGUCCGGAGCUUGUGGACUUUGGUCAGAAACACCGUGGCCAGAGCUUCCACGAGACGUGGAAGGAUCAAGAGUGGGUGUCAUGGAUGACAAAGCACUAUGGAGCAAGCACCAAAACAGCCCACCGUCGGUUCAUACGAUAUGUGGAGUUGAAGCUGGAUUACCACGAAGCUCACCAGAUGCCAAUUCCAGUCGUUCCACAAGGCAGCCUACCCAUGACAACCUCAGGUGUCCAAAGCUCAGCCAAAGCGGGUGGCCCAAGCCCAGGGAUGAUUGCGGCAAAAGCCAAGACCCGACCUUUGUCCCAAAGUUCAAUCCAUUUGCCGGACAUGGAGGACGCCGGAUGGGCGUUGGAACCCGGGACAUACACCCAGGGGACUAUGAGCUCGGAUCCCAAUGUGGAGGCAAUGCAGCAACGGAUGUUGCACCUGGAAAAUGCUCUCUCAAGAGUCAUUCACCACCUCGAGAUGACUGCGGGCCAGACUCACCCAGCUCAGCAGAUCCCCAUCGAGGAGACGUCCGAUGUGGAGAGCCCUCAUCUAGGAUGA